AAAUUAAGGGAUUUGUAUUAACAGUGGUCCUCAGACCCAUGAGACAGCGUGAGAUCAAGCUACUUUCCUUUCGAACAUGCUAUUAUUAUUAGUUCUCACUACCAGCACAUUUUUGUAUAAAAUUCUUGUCCUUUUUACUUUUCUUUUCUUGUUCAGAGCAAGAGGAUGAACUAAGCUGGUGGAGAUGACAUUUUAUUCUUUUUUCCAAGUGACCUCACUCUUCACUAUCCCCAUAAUUCUCACAAAUAUUAGUCUUUAUUAAAGCCAUCAGUCUCUUCAAACCAAUUGUCAAGGAAAAUCUAUGGCCCAACAGGAAGAAGGGUGGCCACUUGGGCUGCAACCAUUGAAUGUGAGAAAUCGUGGGUUUAAUGGAUCAAUUUCGUUCAAUACUUUAAUCACUGGUUCUCCUUCUUCUUCCACUGAUUCUUCUUCUGGCCUUGAUACUGAGUCUACUGCUUCUUUCUUCCAUGACAAGAGCAUUACUCUAGGGAGCCUCAUUGGAAUUACAAGCAUUCUAGAGUUUUCGAGAAGAUCAACAAGAAGAAGAACAAUAGUUGAACCCAAAAUGAGGGACAACAAGAAGAGUAAUAGUAACAAGUCAAGAACUUGGUUAUUUUCACUUUGCUCAAAAUUAAGUACUGAUGCAGUGAGCAUGAGCAAUAUUAAUUCUGCCCCAUCAUUAGGCCAUUUUCUUGAAGCAGAGAGAAAAGCUGCUAAUGAAAGACCCAAUAAUAAUGGUUAUGGACCUGAUGAUUUCAAUCAAUUAUCAGAUAAUUCAAAUCAUGUGAACAAUAAUUCAUUGUUCAUUGGUGGCCAAAUUGCUCCUCCUCCUCCUCAUGAUGAGUCAAGAAAAGGGCUAUUUGAGCAAGAUAACCAAAAUGGUCAUGGUGGUCCUCUGCUUUUCUCAUGUUUAUGUGGGCACCUAGUGCAUUGACUCAUUUCAAUUGUUGUGAAAUUUUAUUAGUAUCAUAUUUGUUGUCUCCUUGGGAUGGAAAAUUUGGUUUAAUGAUAGGUGAUUGUUUAUUUGAUUCA